GCGCACACAACGAUGCAAACAUGUGGAUCUGAGUAGUGGAAACCCAUAGUUUAGUUUGAAGAGCGUACCGAGUUCUGAAAGGCCACGGCUCCGUUCCUGAUCCCUUCUCCUCCCUUCCUCUUCUCCUUCCCUCCUUCUCCUCUGCAGGAGAAUUCUGGAGAGAUUUCUUGCUCUUUCAUUCCUCAAGGAUGAGGCGGCAAAGCGGCCCCGCGUCCUGAAACAGCUCCCGCCUUUUUUUCUUCUUUUUUUUACUUCCUGUUCCAUGAUGAACCAUGAGCAAAGGUUGUGAGGGCCUGCUUCUAUCGCCCUGUCUUACAGUGAGGCAGUGAGCUCACGGUGGAUACAGCAUGCAUGUGUCGACAUAUCCCACGAUGCACUCUGCCAGUCCAGGCCUACUCCUCCUCAGCUUCCUCUUCCUCGCUGAUGCCGACUCACCCCCCAGGUUCACGCGGACCCCCGAAGACCAGACAGCAGUCCAGGGGGGAGUGGCCUCCUUCGUGUGCCAGGCCUCGGGGGAUCCGCAGCCCAAGAUUGUCUGGAACAAGAAAGGCAAAAAAGUCAGCAACCAGAGAUUUGAGGUGAUAGAGUUUGACGACGGGUCUGGCUCGGUCCUGAGGAUCCAGCCACUGAGGAACCCCAGAGACGAGUCCAUUUACGAAUGUCACGCCUCCAACUCUGCAGGAGAGCUGAUUGCCUCCACCCGACUGAGCGUGCUACGGGAGGACCAGCUGCCCUCGGGGUUCCCCACCAUAGACAUGGGCCCCCAGCUGAAAGUGGUGGAGCGCUCCCGGACCGCCACCAUGCUCUGCGCUGCCAGCGGCAACCCUGACCCAGAAAUUACCUGGUUCAAGGAUUUCCUGCCGGUCGACACGUCCAAUAACAACGGGCGAAUCAAGCAGCUCCGCUCAGGUGGCACGCCCAUACGAGGUGCCCUCCAGAUAGAGAUGAGCGAGGAGUCAGACCAGGGGAAGUAUGAGUGUGUCGCCACCAACAGCGAUGGGACACGCUACUCCACUCCAGCUAACCUCUAUGUCAGAGAGCUGCGAGAAGUGCGCCGCGUCCCCCCUCGCUUCUCCAUCCCCCCAGCCGACAGCGAGAUCAUGCCGGGGGGCAACGUCAACAUCACCUGCGUCGCCGUGGGUUCCCCGAUGCCGUACGUGAAGUGGAUGCUGGGGGCGGAGGACCUGACGCCCGAGGACGACAUGCCCAUCGGCCGCAAUGUCCUGGAGCUGACCGACGUGCGCCAGUCCAACAAUUACACCUGCGUCGCCAUGUCGACGCUCGGCGUGAUCGAGGCGGUGGCGCAGAUUACCGUGAAAGCUCUGCCGAAGGCCCCCGGUAACCCCGUGGUGACGGAGAGAACUGCAACCAGCAUCACACUCACCUGGGACUCUGGCAACCCUGAGCCUGUCUCCUACUAUAUCAUCCAGCACCGAGCCAAAGGGUCAGAGGAGCCCUACAAGGAGAUCGAUGGCAUCGCCACAACGCGCUACAGCGUGGGCGGCCUCAGCCCAUACUCCUACUACGACUUCCGGGUGGCGGCGGUCAAUACCAUUGGCCAGGGCCCCUCCAGCGAGAUGGUGGAGACCCGCACGGCCGAGCAGGCCCCGUCCUCGCCUCCUCGCCAGGUCAGAGGUCGCAUGCUGAGCACCACGACAGCAAUCAUCCACUGGGAUGAACCAGAGGAAUCUAACGGACAGGUGGUGGGCUACAGAGUCUACUACACCUCAGACAACACGCUGCCGGUCAACCAGUGGGAGAAGCAGAUGGUGCGCAGCGCCAACUUCAUCACCAUCCAGGGCUUGACCCCCAACAAGACUUAUUACAUCCGAGUGCUGGCCUUCACCUCUGUGGGAGACGGGCCCCUGUCCCAGGACCUGCAGAUCAUAGCCAAAACCGGAGUUCCAUCCCAACCUUCGGAAUUCAAGGGCGAGGCCAAGUCCGAGACCAGUAUCCUGUUGUCCUGGGUUGCCCCGCCCCAGGGUGGCCCCGACAACCAGAUCACGGGAUAUGAGCUGGUCUACCGACGAGCCGACGACACAGAGGAGAAGAAAGUGAGCUUUGAGCCCACCACCUCCUACCUAUUGAAGAACCUGAAGCCUUUCUCCACCUACACCUUCCAGCUGGCUGCCAAGAGCAAGCAUGGGAUCGGGGCGUACACCAACGAGGUGUCCAUCGACACGCCGCAGACGCUCCCUUCGGCGCCUCCGCAGGACAUCACAUGUGCCAGUACCAGCUCUACCAGCAUCGUAGUAAGUUGGGCUCCGCCCCCCCUGGAGUUUCAGAACGGCGUCAUCACCGGAUACUCCAUCCAGUACUCCAAGACUGAGGGCCACAAAAUGUCUAAAAGUGUUGACGGAAUUCUCCCGGAGAGUUCUCCGUACCUCCUGGAAGACCUGGAGAAAUGGACUGAGUAUGGCAUAACGGUCCGGGCGCAGACGGAAGCCGGGGACGGGCCGGAGAGCUUACAGCUGCUCAUCCGCACCGAGGAAGAUGUUCCAAGUGGGCCUCCGCGGGGGGUGGAGGCAGAGACCGUGAACGCCUCGUCCGUUAGGGUGAAAUGGCGAGCACCGGCGCCCGAACGGCAGCACGGUCAAGUCCGAGGCUACCAAGUCCACUAUGUGAGGAUGAACUACGGAGAACCUCAGGGUCAGCCGUUCAUCAAGGACAUCCUCAUAGAGGACUCGCAGUGGGAAUAUGGUGACUCAGCAGAAUAUAAGGUGCUUCUCGGAGACCUGAAGGCAGACACUGCGUACUCUGUAUCAGUGGGAGCUUACACUGCCAAGGGCGACGGCGCUCGCAGCAAAGCUGUUACCGUCUGCAGCGCCCUACCACUGCCCGAGAAACCCAUACUGACUGUGAGCGCCACCGUUUCGGGCACGGCUCAGCUCCAGUGGUACCCGCCACCCAACCCGCCCACCUUGCUCCUGGGGUACCGCCUCACCUUCGGACGCGUCGACGUCCUCCCCUUCACGGUGGUGGAGUUCCCCACCAAGGAGAACCGCUACACCGCCCAGGACGUCCACAAGGGAGCCAAUUACGUCUUCAGGCUCUCCUCGCGCAACAAGAUGGGCUACGGCGAGGAGGCCGUCAAGGAGCUGACAACUCCGGAGGACGCCCCGAGCGGGUACCCUGAAAGCAUCAACUCGGAGGAGGUGUCCGCCGCCUCCCUGCGGCUGGCGUGGAAAGCAGUGCCGCUGAUUGAGCAAAACGGGAAAAUCACAAAGUACUCGGUUCUGUACAGGGAUAUCAACAGUCGGGGGAACGCCUCGGAAGUCCUGGUGCUCGCCCCGGGGGCGAGUGUUUGGUUGGAAGGCCUGAGUGCCGACACUGUGUACGAAGUCAGGUUGUGCGCGUUCACAGCUGUUGGCCCCGGGCCGUUCAGCCCGAGUGUCCAGUUUAGGACGCAGCGGCUAGACCAAGUUUUUGCCACCAACUUCCGAGUAAAAGCUGCCAUGAAGAAAUCCGUUCUGCUGUCCUGGGAGAUACGAGACAAGAACCCUGCCCAGCCAUUCACCAUCCUGUACGGAAAGAGCCAGUCCGUGGAGGUGGACGGGAAGCAGACCCAGAAGCUGAUCGCUGGCUUGGAGCCGGACACGCAGUACUCCUUUCUGCUCACCAACCGGGCCAACAGCGCCGGGGGGCUGCAGCACCGCGUCACCGCCACCACCGCCCUGGACAUCCUGAAGACCAAGCCCACGGUGGUGGGGAAGACCAACGCGGACGGCAUGGUGACCGUGCAGCUGCCCACUGUGCAGACCACAGCCAAAGUCAGGGGUUACUAUGUGGUGGUGGUGCCACUGAAGAAGCAGAGAGGAGGGAAGUUCCAGAACCCCUGGGAGGAGCCCGACCAGAUGAACCUGGACGAGCUGCUGAAAGAGAUCAACAGGACCAGUGUCAGCCGCGCCCUCCGCAUCCGCAGACAGGCCGGCCAAUCGGAUCCGAGGGCCUACGUCAGCGCUCACUUCAAGACCCUCCCCCUGGAGUUCACGCUGGGUGACGGGCGAAACUACGGCGACUUCCGCAACCGCCCGCUGCAAAACGGACAGGAGUAUGUUUUCUUUGUGCUUGCGCUGUUGGACCUCUCUGAGAACACCAUGUAUGCCACAAGCCCUUAUUCUGAUCCUGUGACCUCAUCGGAUGUGGACCCUCAGCCAAUCGUCGACGAGGAAGAGGGUCUGCUGUGGGUGGUCGGGCCCGUGCUGGCUGUCAUCUUCAUCGUCUGCAUCGUCAUCGCCAUUCUCCUGUUCAAAAGCAAACCUGACAGGAAAAGGGCCGAGGCCGAGGGCAGGAAGGGCAGUUUCCCCUGCAGCAAAGCCAUGUCGUCCCACCACCCCACGGAUCCCGUGGAGCUUCGCCGGAUCAACUUCCAGACUCCCGCCUACCGCGUAUCAGUGUACCGUGGUUACCGCCGGUUGUCAAGCAUGGUGAGCCACCCGCCCGUCGCCAUCUCCGAGCUAACGGAUCACACCGAGCGCCUGAAGGCCAACGACAAUCUCAAGUUCUCUCAAGAGUACGAGUCCAUCGACCCCGGUCAGCAGUUCACCUGGGAGAACUCCAACUUGGAGGUCAACAAACCAAAGAACCGCUAUGCUAACGUCAUUGCCUAUGAUCACUCCAGGAUCAUCCUCUCCAGUAUUGAGGGUGUCCCGGGUAGUGACUACAUCAACGCCAACUAUAUCGAUGGCUACCGCCGCCAGAACGCCUACGUCGCCACUCAGGGAUCCCUCCCGGAGACUUUCGGGGAGUUCUGGAGGAUGGUCUGGGAGCAACACACGGCCAACAUUAUCAUGAUGACAAAGCUGGAAGAGAAGUCACGGGUGAAGUGUGAUCAGUACUGGCCAACGCGGGGCACAGAGACCUACGGACUCAUCCAGGUCACUCUGCUGGACACGGUGGAGCUGGCCACCUACUCCGUCAGGACCUUUGCUCUUUACAAGAGCGGCUCCAAUGAGAAGCGCGAAGUUCGUCACUUCCAGUUCACGGCCUGGCCCGACCACGGGGUGCCUGAACACCCCACUCCCUUCCUGGCCUUCCUACGCAGGGUCAAGGCCUGCAACCCUCCAGACGCCGGUCCCAUGGUCAUCCAUUGCAGUGCUGGAGUCGGUCGCACGGGGUGCUUCAUCGUGAUCGACGCCAUGACGGAGCGACUCAAGCAUGAAAAGGCCCUGGACAUCUACGGCCACGUCACGCUGAUGCGCUCCCAGAGGAACUACAUGGUCCAGACAGAGGACCAGUACAUCUUCAUCCACGAUGCACUGCUGGAGGCCGUGACCUGCGGGAACACAGAGGUGCCCGCGAGGAACCUGUACUCCUACAUCCAGAGGCUGACGCAGAUGGAGCCGGGGGAGAACGUCACGGGCAUGGAGCUGGAGUUCAAGCGUCUGGCCAGUGCCAAGGCCCACACGUCACGGUUCGUGAGUGCCAACCUGCCAUGCAACAAGUUCAAGAACCGGCUGGUGAACAUCAUGCCCUACGAGACCACGCGGGUCUGCCUGCAGCCAAUCAGAGGGGUGGAGGGAUCGGACUACAUCAACGCCAGCUUCAUCGAUGGAUACAGGCAGCAGAAGGCCUACAUAGCAACCCAGGGCCCGCUGGCCGAGACCACAGAGGACUACUGGAGGAUGCUGUGGGAACACAACUCCACCAUAGUUGUCAUGCUAACCAAACUGAGAGAAAUGGGCCGGGAGAAGUGUCACCAGUACUGGCCCGCGGAGCGCUCGGCCCGGUACCAGUACUUUGUGGUGGAUCCCAUGGCGGAGUACAACAUGCCCCAGUACAUUCUACGAGAGUUCAAAGUCACGGAUGCCAGGGACGGCCAAUCGCGGACAGUUCGUCAGUUCCAGUUCACUGAUUGGCCAGAGCAAGGAGUGCCAAAGUCAGGGGAGGGAUUCAUCGAUUUCAUUGGCCAGGUGCACAAAACUAAAGAGCAGUUUGGCCAGGACGGGCCAAUAAGUGUGCACUGCAGUGCCGGAGUGGGCCGGACCGGUGUGUUCAUCACCCUCAGCAUCGUUCUGGAGAGGAUGCGGUACGAGGGCGUGGUGGACAUCUUCCAGACUGUCAAGAUGCUGCGCACCCAGAGACCGGCCACCGUCCAGACAGAGGACCAGUACCAGUUCUGCUACCGAGCCAGUCUGGAGUACCUGGGAAGCUUUGACCACUAUGCAACAUAAACCCGACUGGCCGUCUCUAACGCCACAUCCCACCUUAGUGCACUUUUCUUAGGUCACACGCGGCCUACAUUAAUGCACUAGGCUGCAAUGUGUCUUCGGAGGAUUUGUGCAAACCACAUUCAGAGUGAAGGGGACCCAUCGGCUUAUCGCGUGCUCAGAAACAGCACCUCUAACUGAGCCAUAGCAACCUGCUUGACGAGGGUGUUUCCUUUCACCCUCAGCCCAAACACACCCAUUGGUCAGUCUGAAGAAGCAACUUCAACCACUGUUCCAAUCAGAAUACUUGAUCAAAUAUUGAUUUUCUUUUUUGUAUUAUUGGUUUCAGUGCUUUUGUGAGCACCCAGAUUGCGUAACAUUGUUUGGGUGUGGAACUCUCACCUUGUCCACCACCAGUGUAGCAUCACCAACCUAGAUACAGGACCCGGCUACAGUAUUUAGCCGUCACAAGAAAUUUAGAUUUUUUUUCUAUCUUGAGGACCGUCCAGAAGGAGUCGACAAAUCCAUUUUACGAAAGUCUCGUGGACUGACAGAACUGGGACUUUUGAGCACCAGAGAAUUGCCAACGGGAGACUGAAAACACAGAGCGCACAGUAUUGAAAAGACAAAGAAUAUAUAUCCCCCAAAAAAAGACACCAAGCUAUGUUUUUUCUGUUUUGUUUUGGAAACAGACUCUUGUGUAGUUUCUUGUGAAUGAAAAACAAGAUAUUUCUACCAUACAGUAAUAAAAACCACCAGUUCAACCUUAUGCUUCAUGUUUUAAGAUAAAGGAAGCUUGAGAGAGGUUUAAAAUGCAUACCACAAAAUAAAACAUUAAUUUAGUUUUUUUAGAAAAAUAAAUAGAUAUGUGACGAUCUUGUUUUUUUCUUUUUUUAAACUGGCUAUUCUUUAUGGCAUGUUCUGUUUUUAGUUUUUACAGAUUAAUGACUUUGUCCCCACUGACAAUACAAAGGCAAAGCAGUAUUUUGUACCCUUCUGUGUUAAAUUGUACAAUCAAAUCUAGUGUGAGAAAUGUUCACAAUUAUAUAAAAAACACACCACCAUUGAGUGUCACUCCUGUAUUCUCUAACCCACUCAGCUUUUAAAAACACACACUUGUUCACCACGCACACAGGACUCUCAGCCUCAUUUCUAUCUGGCCCGCGGUGUCAAAGAAGACAACCCGUUUUUUAAAUCCACGGGGCCCGGCGAAGGUUCGGGUUUGGGGUUUACAGCAUUUACAAUGCUGCUUCUCUGAAGUCCUUCUUCUGUAUGCAGGUUGAGCAAAAGUCCAGAUAGAACUAUAGAGAUCCUGCACAGAAAAUAAUGUACGACAAAACGUCUAUUCAUGUGUCCAGAUGAGCUUCACGAAGCAGGGAGCGAGCCGGGGAUUGGAUGAGGGUGUCGGGGGGGGAUGGGGGAGGGGGGGUGUGGUUAGGGCAGGAACAAAUGUCUCACUGGAAUGCUCACCCAUGACUUUUUCUCUGUCGGAUUCAGUGUGCAAUAAGUAGAUGUAUUAUAUAUUUUUGUGUGUAGUCACUAACUGCAGUUAUAUGCCAUUAUGAAGACGAUGAUAUUGAUGACACAUAAUUUUUUUUCCCAGACACAAAGAUGUUAUAUAGGAUUCUCGCCACUGUUCCACGUGUCCAAACAAGAGGGGCGACCUCUGACCUCUUAGGAGGUAGAUCUUUUUAUCAUGUCACAACUCCAGUAGAUGAUGUCAUACUUCUCUGUGUCAUGGCAACCGACGAAUGAUCAAACUCAUACUUCAAACAGCAUCUAAUAAGUAUUUUGAUUUUAGAUUUCUAGUGCCUUAUAUUACACGCCUAUUUUGAUAACGUUACUUUAAAGGGUUUUUUGUGUCUUUUUUGUGUGUGUGUGUUUGUGCGUAUGUGAACCGAAUGUAUGUGUAUAUGAUUAUGUUAUGUUACAGUGUGUAUAAGUAUCUUGUGUGUUGUGUUAUUUGGCUGUGAAACUUUGUAUGGACGGCUCUGCGGUGGCUGGAUCGUUGUACUCAUCACUUUCCCAGCAACAACACUGUCAUAUCUCUUUUAAUCAAAAAGAUAUCUUACUCAACUACAGUGGAGGAAAAACAAAAAUGGUUUCAAAAUAGGUGGUCUGAUCAUUUUUGGAGGAGAAAAUAAAAGUGUGUUCAUUGCUGGGACAUGUGACCAGGCUCUGUGUAUGUACUCACACUUGCCAUGACAUGUGGGCCACGCCGAUGACUCUGACAAGACACACGACUGUGAGCUGGCUCGAUAAAGUCAUACUGAUAUACUCAGCUAUGUAAAAUAAAAUGUAGAUGAAGCUGAACGACAUCGGCUUAUCUUUGUCAGUUUGGAGAAAAAGAUAAGUAACAAACCAAAUGGAUAACCGGAAGCCCUCCUCCUAAAGAAUCCGUCCCACUGCUCAUCCGCGUUACUCAUUCUGAUGUCAACAGUUACAUUUUAUUUUUUAUUUUUUAUUUAACGACAAAGGCUGAGAGAAGUUCAGGUGCUACGUCUCUAACAACAUAGAAACCAUAAUUUUUUGUAUCGCCGUUAAUGCUUGACCGCAUAAGGGAUCGUUGGCGGAUUUCCACCAUCUUACAGUAAACCUGUUGUCGUUUUUUGUAUGCAUGGUACCACUUUUGAGAUGUCCCUUUGGUCGCUCCUGUUAUGGGAAGACUUGCACUUUCUCUCUUUGUACUAUGCACUAAUACUCUUGUCCUAUUAUCUCCGAUAGCCCCUUCCCCCUCCCUGAGGAGUUGUACUUGAACUCAGUAAAGAUGGACCCUGUAACGCUCACACGGUUGUUUAUAUGUAAAUAACACAAACACAGAGAGUAAUCGAAAUGCAUAAAUAGAUGAAUGAACAGAUAAACAAUUACGAUAAAGAGUGAAUAAGAAUCUAUCGGAUAUACAGAGUGAUAUAAUAAAAUCGAUGCACCUGAAAUCACAGUUUAUGGCACAGCAGUAUUUGCAAUACAUCACAUUGUGGAUUUGUUGUACCACAAAAGAGAAGUUUCACAAAGAAAUUGUUCUAUUUUACCCCCUAAUGUAUCAUGUAGAUGGAUAAAAUGAGUUUAUAAAUUGUAUAAAAAUUUAAAUAUGGUGUUACUUGGAUCAAUUACCUUUAAUUGGUCUGUAAAUGUAAACAUUUCUUUUUUAUUAUUAUUUGGUUUGUUUUCUGCUCCGGGUCAACAAGUGCUUUUUAUUUUCUUACAUUGGUUCUCGGACGUGUGAAAACCGAAUAACAGGUCUGUAUGGAUUUCUGUUCUCUGUCGACACAAGUUUCAUUUGUUACAAAUAAACUCAAGUGAAAUAAU